AUGUUUACCAAACCCACUGUUACCUCCACCGCUGUUGUCGCCGGUCGACUUAGGCUUCGAUUCCGUGGACUGUUCCAAAAAGUUCACGCAAUCCAGGACAUAUCUACGCAGGCGUACGAAGUCCCCGUCAUUCCCCGCCCUGUUCAACGCGCCUUCUUACAAUCUGCGGACAAGGCUGCUGCGAAAUCAGGUUCCUCGGCAUUGGGUCUCCCCACCACCCCUCGCCGCCCUCAACUCUCCUCCGACUUCGAGGAGUCUGCGUUCAGUUCUUAUGCGAAAACUGACAAUGGGCUCGAUGGUGAUGAGCUCAACAAUGUUGGCACCGGUCAUCGUGAUGUGAGGCCCUUCGAGGUGUUCGUUGAUGGUGGUCUCGAUGUGGACGAGUGUGAAGAGUGGGGAUAUCAGGGUAUGGAAGACCUCGUUUGUGGGACUCUUCGUUGUGGAUUGCUAUGGCCCUCUAAGGACUGA